AUGGUUCGCCAACUCAAGCAUCACGAGAAACGCCUUCUGCGAAAGGUCGACUUCACAACCUACAAGCAGGACAAUGACCAUCGCGACAAGGCCGUUGUUCGUAGGUACAUGAUUCAGAAGCCCGAAGACUAUCACAAGUACAACAGGAUAUGUGGUUCCCUACGCCAGCUGGCCCACCGUCUAUCCCUCCUCCCGCCCGACAACGCCGUCCGCCGCAAGCACGAGGAACUCCUACUCAACAAGCUGUACGACAUGGGCAUCCUGUCGUCCAAGUCGAAGCUGAGCGCCGUCGAGCACAACGUCACGGUCAGCGCCUUCGCCCGCCGCCGCCUCCCCGUCGUCAUGACGAGGCUGCGCAUGGCCGAGACGGUCCAGGCCGCCACCAAGAUGAUCGAGCAAGGACACGUGCGCGUCGGCACGGAGGUCAUGUCCGAUCCCGCCUACCUCGUCACCAGGACCACCGAGGACUUUGUCACGUGGUCCGUGGGCAGCAAGAUCAAGAAGAACAUUAUGAAGUACCGCGAUCAGCUUGACGACUUUGAGCUGCUGUGA